AUGGUAACCAAAACUCCCAUCACUGGUAAAAAACAAUUAACUGAAAGAAUAGCAAAAAAAACUAAAACUCCCCAAAAUCAAGUAAGCAGAAUAAUUGAAGAAUUGUUAGAAGAAACCAAAAAAGCCUUAAUCAAAGGUGAAGAAGUCCGUUUACUGGGUUACUUCUCCUUCCGAACAACUAUGACUACUCCUCGGAUAGCCAUGAACCUCCAAACUAAGAAAAAAAUGAAAGUCCCAGCUAAAAGAGUGCCGAAGUCAAAAAAAACUAAAUUAAAAAAUUUGAAUAUUGAACCUCUAUCAGUAGCCAAGUAUUUUUAUGAGAAAGGAAUAGAGGAUAUGGCUCUUUCUCAGCGACUAAUUUAUCUUUCUUAUCUAGAAGCCCUCAAAGAUGGCUAUUUACUUUUUGGAGAAGAAUGGCAAGCCUGA